CACACCUCCAGUACAUUCAUGGUUCACCCUUUCAGGCAAUGUCACUAAAUUAUAAAAUUAUUUUGAGUGGUCUUUUAUUAUUUUUGCUCUCCCAUGGUCUGACUGGUCAUGCAAAGGAACUGGAGUUUGAUCAUAAUUUUAACAGAGGAAAGAAGUCACGUUUAAAUGCUACAGAUAUCUUCAGUGCUGAAGAAUAUGAGGAGACUGGACCCUGUUCAGUAACAUGUGGUAUUGGAUCGAGAGAGGUCUUACUGACUAAAGGAUGUCCAGGCGAAGAAAAAAAAUGUGUGAUACGAGUUGAAGAAUGCAGAGGACCUGUAAGAUGUGGCUGGGGCAAACCUGUUUACAUUUCUGAUGAUGUGGUAGAGCUUCAGUGCAUUUACACUAAUCCGUCAAAAAAGUAUGACUUUGUCUGGAAGUUGGUAGCUACAGACCAGGAGCCGAUUAUUCUCAAAGAAGAUCAACCCACCAUCCAUGUUGAAAAAGAAGACCAACCAGUAGCUUACCAGUGUGACACACUACUUGAAGGUGAUGUUGUGGCAUCCAUAAAGUACUCAGUAUAUACUAAUACUGAGACUUUAACAAGAUCUGGAAAUCCUAGUUUGGGAGUCAAGUCGCAGAUAGUUUUGAUGGCUGUUGCCGGUGGUGCAGUUAUGGUUGUUGUGAGCAUAAUCUGUGGAAUUGUCUUCUUCUGCCUUAGAAGGAGAUCUAAGCAGAGUGUGAAGAAAAAGGUGCCCCCUCCGCGACCUCCACUACCCGCCCAAUACAGCAGCAGAAAACUCGUGAAGAAACGUGUGAAGAAGCAGGAAUCACAUCUGGCAGCAUCUCCGUCCAGUCGCCAAAACCUCCCACCCCAGCCACCGUCUCCCUCGCCAUCCCGACCUCUCUCGCCACGGAGGAGACCAACACGGCCUCUCGGUCCACCACCACCUCGUCCAAAAGCGGCUUCUCAAAUAUUGCGCUCGAAAUCAAUUCCACACCCUACAACAGCUCCGCCACCCUGUCCCAUUCGGUCUGCACCCACACUGCGUACACUUACUCCUAGGCCUACACUUACACCUGGGCCUACAUUCACUCCUGGGCCUACAUUCACUCGUGGGCCUACAUUCACUCGUGGGCCUACAUUCAGUCCUGGGCCUACAUUCAGUCCUGGGCCUACAUUCACUCCUGGGCCUACAUUUACUCCUGGGCCUACAUUCACUCCUGGGCCUACAUUCACUCCUGGGCCUACACUUACCCCUAGGCCUACACUUACUCCUAGGCCUACACUUACUCCUGCACCUACACUUACUCCUGGGCCUACAUUUACUCCUCGGCCUACAUUUACUCCUGGGCCUGUGAUGGCAUCGGCAAGAGAGUUGCCCCACAUGAAUAAAUCUGGUGCAGAAGAGGCAUGCAGCCAAGGCUGCAAUAUGGGGAAGGCUGACAAUAUGGGGAAGAGCUAACUUCAGCCAUUGACAGCUCCAUGUGUAUGCAACGGUUGUAAGUUUAAGCAAAGCAAAGAAUCUGACCGACUCAAACCAGUUUCUUUCCAUGUAUAAGAUAAUCCUAUUGAACUGUAAUCAAAGAACAUUGACUGAAUAAAACAGCAUUGUUGUAAAAUAAUUCACAACACAAUCUACAAUCAAUAUAAAACAUUUGAAA